UAUAGUUUAAUCAAAUUUAAAUAUUAAUUUAGGUUUAAUAUUAAUUACUACAUUGAAAAAUAAUAAUAUAUUUUUAUUUUGCUAUAAUAAAUAAAAACUAAUAAGUUGUGCUUAGUUGUGGACAAAAUAUGAAUUUAAAAACACUUCUAUAGUUUUUAUAUUAUACACAUUAAGUGUUAAAUAAUAUAAUGGCUACUGCUCGACAAAUAUUACAACAAGAAAUAUUCGAUCAAUGUGAUCAAAAACUUUUGGCAUUUGUUGGUGUUAGUAAUGAUUCAAAAAAAAAGAAAUUUGGAUACUUGUGUCUAUCAGACACCAAGGAACCACCUUCAAAUAUAUAUAUUCAUCAGAUAAAAUUUGAUAAUAAAGUUGUGAAAAAAAAAAGAAUAUGGUCAUUGAAUGAAUUAAUUACUGUUGAUGGCAAGACUUCAUCUCAGGAUUGUUUAGAAAUAGAACUGACAUUGGAUAAACCAUAUAAAUGGGUAGCAACUAAUAAUCAAGAGCGUAAAAUAUUUUUGAUUUCUUUGUGGAAGCAAUGUGCAAGCUAUGUAUUUGACAAAAAACCUGAAUUCAAAAAUUUGCCUCUUGACUGGACAUCUGGUGAUUUAGUUGUUCUACCAGCUGAUCGUAAAUCAAAACUUUCUUUAGCUGUAUCACCUAUUAUAAGCGCAGAAGAUUUUCAACCUUUAUCAGAAAAAGAAGAACAAGAUUUAGAAUUAUUAAUGAAAGAAUGUGGAUUUGCUGCCAAGGAUGCUAAAGCAUUUACAGAUAUGUUGGCCACUCAAUUAAUGGCUCUAGAUGGUGAAAAUGUACAAAGUGUUCUUGCCUCAGAACCACAAGUUACAAAAUUAAUGGAUCAAUUAGAAACUGCUAUUCAAGAAAUUGAGAAGGUAGAAUCAGCUUUAGACAUGUAUGAUGAAACCUUAAGACAUGUGCGUGAUACUAUUGAUAAGAUGGAUCAGAAAAAUGCUAAUAUCCAAACAGCUAAUAAAAAUAAUGAAAAAUUACUUAAUGAACUACAAAAAGUAAUUCAUCAAUUAGAGCUGUCUCCAAAGCAUCAAUUAGCAUUAACAGAUGCUGAUUUAACUACAUCAACUGGAUUACGAGAUGCUAUUGAGGCUGCAAAAGAAUUACAAGCAGUUAUGAAUGCACAAAUUCAUCCAGCAUUAGUUCGGUUAAAAGCAAUACAAGAACAAAGAAGACGAUUUGAAAAAUGGAAAGCAAAAUUUUCUCAGAUUCUCUCUAGACAUCUUAAUAAUUUGUUUAUUCAUAUGGGAAAUGAUAUUGGAGAAACAAAAAGAAAUUCAAACAAUGAAUUAACCAUCAUGAAACAUACUUCAUUGCAUCGAGAACUUGCCGCUUAUACAGAACUCAUGCAUUGGUGUAAAGCAAUGGAUCGAAAAUCAUUUAUGGCGCUUAAUAAAGUUUAUACAUCAUCUUUAUCUAAACUUUAUGAAAGAGAUAUAAAAUUAUUUUUAGAAGAUGCAAAAUUACGUAUAAAUGCUGGUCAUUUAUCUAAUUCUAAAGAAGAUAUUAGGAAGUCAACUGGUCCACCAUCAGAUUGGUUAUUAGGUGUAGAUAAAGAAUUUUGGGCUCAAGAAAGUGAUACACAAGAACGACAAAGAUUCGACCAAGUUUUGGAAGCAGUUCUCUCUGAACUUGAACCAAUUUGUUUAUCUGAACAAAAUUUUUGUGUUUCAUUUUUUCAAUUGGAUAUACUCAGCCCUACCACCAAAAAUACUCAAACAACCUUGGAUGGAGUAGAUGUAAAAUCAAACCAAGAAAUAUUACCAUCUUUACCAAAAACUAAAAUUGAAAAAAAAAUAAAUGAAGAAGUUAGAAAAAUGAUGGGUGAAAUUUUUGCUUGUAUAGAACCUGAGUUAAUUGGAUUCAUACAAUAUCACGAAAGAAUGGAUAGCACUUAUUCAAUGGCUGUUUUAGUAAGAUUAGGUCGUCAUGUUAUGUCUGCUAAUGAUACUGGUUCCUUUUUAAGUAUGACCUAUGGAUCUGCAUUAGUUCAUGUAAAAAGAAAUUAUGAUAAACUCAUGCAUGCACACUUAAAAUCAAUUCAAGACGUAAGAAUUAUUAAAAAGUCUAAAUGUGGUAUACUUCCCUUUGUUGCUAACUUUGAGUAUUUUGCUAAAACAGCCGAACAAAUAUUUAAAGAAACUGAACGUCGAACUGAUUUAGAUAAAUGGUAUGUUAAACUCUUAAAUAUGAUGUUUGAAACUAUUCAUUCAAUUGCCAGUGAACAUCCUAAGACUCCUGCUGAAGUUAUUAGAAUGGAGAAUUUUCAUCAUUUGUAUGCAUUGCUGUCUCAAUUAAAAAUUGGUAUAUUAGAUCAAUUCAGAAAAGAUGCAAAACAAAAGUAUAGUGAAGCAUUAAGUGCUUACGUAACACGUUACUUUGGUAGACCUCUCGAAAAACUGAAUUUAUUCUUUGAAGGCGUGGAAGCUAAGGUAGCACAAGGUAUUAAAGAAUCAGAAGUUGGUUAUCAAGUGGCUUUCAGUAAACAAGAAUUAAGGAAAGUAACUAAGGAGUAUUAUGGACGAGAAGUGAAAAAAGGCUUAGAUCAUUUGUAUAAAAAAGUAGAAAAACACCUUUGUGAAGAAGAAAAUUUACUACAAGUGGUUUGGAGAGCUAUGCAAGAAGAAUUCAUUCAACAAUAUAAAUAUAUUGAAGACUUAAUUCAAAGGUGCUAUCCUGGUUCCAUGAUUUCAUUGGAAUUUUCUAUUGAAGAUCUAUUACAGUAUUUUUCUGAAAUUGCUAGAUCCCAUUAGAAUAUAAUCAAACAUAAUAAUAUACUUUAACAUGUAUAAAUUGGUAAUCCAUUGUAUUAUUAUCUUAUAAACUUAAAUUUUACCAUAUUUAUAUUUUUAUUUUAUAAAUAAUUAAUUAAAUAAUUAUGAUUUGAAUUUUUAGAUGACAUUUAAAUAUUGUUAUGUUAUGUUUAGAAGCCUUGUUUUUUUAUAUACAAUUCAAAAUGUAACUUAUAAUUUAAAAAUUAUUUGUUUAUAAUUAUUAAAAACUAUAUAUUUAUUAUUCAUAUUUUAUUUGUAGCAAAAACAAUAUUACUGGUUGUAAGUAUGGCAUAUGAUACAAACGUAGGCAUGCACAGCAUUUUUUAUCUGACGCAAGCACGCAGCACAUAAAUAUUAACCUUCCCGACAGACUGAACAAUAAGCAGCCAACGUAUUUUCCUCAUAUCGUAUGGCAUAGACAAAACUCGUAAAAGGUGUAGAAGGUAAAAAUUAUGUACUCCUAACUCAUAUAUCAUUCUAUAAUUUAUUAUAAAAAUAAAAUGUCGUUAGGAUUAGCACAUAGACAUAGGUAUGAACAAUUCCGUUAUUUGGGCCCCUAAUGGAUUAUGUUUAAAUUGUUGUCCCUGUGUGUAUGUGCCCGUCGAAGUCGUCGAACACGUGAGGAUGGUAAACGCAAAUGGACAUUUUGUACCUACUUUGUUGUAUGACGUAUAUGUACUAUUUAUUGUUUGAUUUACAUACUGUGACAUUUUGUAGGGUAAUAAAUAGGUAAAUUGGUAAGUUUUACAAACCAAAAAAAAAAAAAAAAAAUGAAA